AAUAUUUUUUGGUCAUUUUUUUUUGGUCAGUUUUCUUGUGACCUAUCACACAUUUCUUUACUUUCUUUACCAAAAAUGUAAUGUAAUGUAAUUAACUCAGAUGUCUAUACCAAGGUAUGUACCAAACGGUGGCAUGCCUGAACCGUUACACCCCUAGAUGUCUCUAAAAGUCAUCCCCAGUCAGUUGGAGUACUGAAGUUACUUCAAAUACUGUAAUUCAGUAAGAUUAAAACCCUGUGAACACCUUUACUAACCGGUCUUAGCCAGUUUGAGUUUCAUUUUUGCCUUCAUGUGCUCAUGUCUUUGUUUUUUUUUUUCUUACAGGCUUAAAAAUGCAGUGGACCCCAGAACACAGUCAGUGGGCCGAACAGCAUUUCGACAUAAGCUCCACAACACGCUCGCCGGCCCAUAAGGCUGAGGCCUACAGGACAGUUCCUGGUCACCUGCAGCGCUCUGCCACCUACCAGUAUGCGUGGGCCAACGAUGACAUCUCCGCCCUCACUGCCUCCAACCUGCUCAAGAAGUAUGCAGAGAAGUACUCUGGUAUUCUCGAGAUGCCUGGCUCAUAUUCUGAGUCUCAGGGUGUGCCGGGAGUGAUGAACGGUCGUAAAGGGGAAUCAGAGCCCUGGCAAGAUGGUGUCUACCCCAUGAGUUGUAUCCCAGACGGAGUUUCCAUCAGAAAAGGUGGGGUGGCAGCAGCUUCAGAGAUAGUGUCUGGCAUGUGCAGCUCCCCUGGUCUGGCCUCAAGCACCCUGACUGAACCCAGCUACUCCAGCAGCAGCUGUGGAAGCCACACAGCCACUGCCCUCCACUCCUCCUCCAUGGCCUCUCAGGAAUAUGCUCCUGCAUACAGUGGCUCCUACCUGCACAGCAGUUACAGCUCCCAGUCUGCCCCCACCCCUGUUCUUCCCUCCCCAUUGCACAGUUCUGGGCUCCUGCAGCCACCUCCUCCACCCGCAUCCCAUCCAACAUUGGUUCCACCUUACAACGGAGGCUCUCCAAACCUGUCUAGUUACAAUUACCCCCCAGCGGGCUACCCAGCUCAGGGUGCAGUUGGGCCUGGAUACAGUCCUGGGGGAGCACCGCCUCCGUCCUCAUACCUACCUUCAGGCAUUGCUGCCCCCACACCUCUUCCCCCUUCCUCUACUUUACCUGGAUAUCCGUACCAGAGCCACAACCUGACCCCGAUCACCCCUCUAAGCAGCAGCUCCUCCAACUCACUGAAGAGAAAAGCCUUGUACAUGACCAGUCAAGUAGAGAUGGACUCCACUUAUGGUAAUUUUGGCUAUGGUCAGACUCGGAGCACAGCUGAGAGCCCCAUGUACAAGGUGGCAGACAGCACGAGUGCAACUGCAGCUUCCAACAGCACUACUGGUGGCUUCGACGGGAGCAGUGAAAAGUCAUCUUUACCUUUUGUUUCUCAAAAACAGUCCACUAUGACUUCAGAGCAGCAACAAAGGAAGUACAGCAGCCAGGCAACAGGUGGUCCACUGACUCCACCAGUCUAUACUUCCUCAACCCUGGGGGGUUCCCGCUCAGCAGACUCCAUUGCAAGCUUUACUUCUCCAUCUCUCAGUGAACAAAGUGUUGAUGAUCAUCGUCACCACCUUUCUCACUCAGCACCAGGGACCAACUCCUCCACAUCUUCAUCUUCUCGGCACACAGAAGAACAGCUGAAAACCAAUGACCCUCACCUCCUUGAUAUGGUUACCUCUGAAAUCCUUCAACAGGGUCUCCCAGUGGACUGGAGUGAUAUUGCUGGUUUAGAAUUGGCCAAGACCACCUUGAAGGAGGAGGUUUUGUGGCCCAUUCUUCGCCCAGACAUGUUCAGUUUAGGACCAGCCCCACGAUGUGUGUUGCUGUUUGGUCCGAGGGGCAGUGGAAGGACGUUGCUGGGUCGCUGCUUGGCCAGCCAGUUGGGGGCAUCAUUCCUUCAGCUGAGUGGUUCCACCUUAGCUACCAAGUGGCUAACUGAGGGUGAAAAGAUCAUCAGAGCAUCUUUUCUGGUGGCUCGAUGUCGUCAUCCCUCAGUACUGUUCAUUAGCGAAGUGGACAUGUUGUUGUCGGCUCACCUCAGUGAAGAGAGUCCUAUCAACCGACUGAAAGGGGAACUGCUUUCCCAGUUAGACUCGUUACUCAUUGGCUCCAGUGAAGAUGGAAGCAACCAAGUGUUGGUGGUUUGCUCAACCAGCAGACCGCAAGACAUGGAUGAAGGACUGCGGAGAUACUUUGCUCGCAGGGUCCUUGUACCCCUUCCGGAUAGCCCAGCAAGACAUCAGAUGUUUAACCAUAUCCUGGCCCAAUCUCAGCACAAGUUCUGCUUGAGUGAGGAGGAGGUGGCGCUGUUAGUCCAGCGAACAGAGGGUUUCUCUGGACUAGAUCUAACAAGACUUUGUCAGGAGGCCAUCGUAGGUCUGUUACAUGGUUCUGCGCAGGGCAUGGACAUCACAGGUAUGAUGGCAAGGGGACAGAUCAGACCCCUCACCUACCAGGACUUUGAGGGUGUCUUCUGUAAAUUCCAGGCCAGUAUAUCUCAGAAAGAAAUUGACACCUACACAGAGUGGAACAAAAUGUUUGGCUGCAGCCAGUGAAGAAACAGAGCACUGCCCUAGAGAUAUUCUUUGGGCAGAAUUUGUAUUGGAAAGUAAGGUCAACACAAAGGCUCACCAAGUUUUUACCUGCAGUGCUGAGAUACUGGCAAAGACCUGAUUUGAUGAGACAACUGUCAGUUUUAUGAUCAUUGACUAAGAGUUGUGAUCAGAAUGCUUGACCCUCUGGAAAGCCACAAAGAAAUGCCCUAAUGUCUGUGUAAAUAUAUAUACAUAUAUUGCUUUGUUCUUGUUCUUGGGAUUUACGUUGGCUAUCCAAGUGCCUGAAGUGGUGCUUUCUCACUUUCUUUCCUCAUUUGCCUCACAAUCUACAUCCACGGCACGGGCUGAGUAUUUUUAAGAGCUUUAAAUUUACCUGUUAUUGUAAAUGGCAGUUUUGACAGUUGCCAUUCCUGGCGGUUAAUUGGUGUUUAUCAUCUUGCUAAAAGCGGUGAUUUGUUAGAGCGACAGUAGUCUGGGCUCAUCCCUUCAGAUACUUGUCUGAAAACAAACAAAUAUAAACAAAACUCAGGAAAGCAUUUGUUGACAAAGAGCACUAAAGAUCUAAUUUUAAGGUGGUUUGGCAAUGUAUGACUAGCAAAGCAUUGUCAGGUUUACCUCAACUGGCUAGCAUAAAUGUUGAAGAUAUGACAAUGAAUGUACUAAUAUUCUCUCUAUUGGUGUGACAUUAUCAACACUGAAAAUCAAAAAUGUUUUUCCAUUUAUUUUUCUUUGCAGCAGGUGUUUCUUUUCAGAAACCUGACUCCUUCUUGAUGAUUUCUUUUGUAUGAUUUAAAUACUGUGUUAACACAGUGUUGGGUGUUAUUUUAACACUAUUCACAAUUCCUGUUGAAAUCAGCAAGUAAAUUUAACAACUUUCAACUAAACCUAACACUAAUUUAAUUUUGGGUAAUUCAUGAAAAGGUUCCAGCAGGUUCACAGUGCUAGCUACCUGUUAGCUCCACCCAUGCUGUUACUGCAUAAAUAUGGCAUGAUUCACCAGUGAGUUGCCCCAUACAUAGAUACAUGAAUAUUUCUAGUAUUUCUUAUUUAACCCAGAAGUGUUCAUUAAUCAGGGGUUGGUACAACUGUAUUCUUUGGUUGGAGUUUUUGAGCUGUAGGCCGACCAGUUCAGAUCACAACCUAAUAUAAAAAGUGGAAAUUCUCGUCAGUUUAAUUUUUUAAGCCUUUUUGGUUGCAGUACUGCUGUCUGACCCAAAGAUUUUUUUUUCUGUGAGAGAUUUUUCCUUCUGUUUAGUCACAAUCUUUUUUGCAAAUAUGGACCACAUGUUGGCCCACAUAUGGACCACAAUCUGAAGCCUACGGAUAAACCUACACUCAUUUUUGCCUUUUUACGUUUUUUUUUGUUUUAUUUUUUUUUUUAAUCAUCAUUUCUUAUCUUAUAUUUUUGUGUUUUUAUUAUGAUAAAGGUUUGUUUUGUUUGCCAGAUACAGGGUUGUGGUUGAGGUAUUGACCUUCUCUUGGUCUUCAAUUAAAUGUCUCGUAUUAGUUUCUAAUUUUUCAUAGUGUUUUUCAUUCCACAGACUUUAGCUUUGUAAAGUAGACAGUCCAAAGGUUUAGGUUUCAUCCUCUUGGAUAGAUAUUUGUUAUUUUUCUGUGCAGUACCCGUCAGGAGUAGGAAUAGGUUGUGAAAACCUACUGUAUACCUGAUAUACCAACAUUGAAUAGUUUGGGAUACCAAUGCUAUGAUUUUAAUCAUAUUUUGGAAAAUAUAAAUUAAAAUAAUUUAAUUUAAAAGUCAUCCAGAUUUUCUCAAUCAAAGCACCAAUGUUUCUUCAUUUAGUAAUUUAUGUUUUGUAUACAGAUGUCAUGGAGCACGUAUGCUAACAUGUACUUUUCCUGUUUACUGAAAGGCUAUGUAUGAUGAGCGACUGGACUGACUUUCUACCAUCUCAGAGGUAGUUAAGACUUUUGUACAUAUGUGCACUAAAUUAUUUAUUAGUGCAUAGUUUUGUUGGAAAGUCCCAUUAGCCACAUUCUCAAAACAUAGUUCCUGGAACAUUAGGAUUGAAGGGAUCUUCCAUGCUAAGGCUACCUGCAGUUACUUGUGGUGAAAGUUAUCUGAAGAUGAUGCCAGUCACUCCAUGGAGGCUGUGAGAACAGGUCUACCAAGUUUACAUUGUAAACUUUCGACAUUUUUAUAUGGAGGGAGAAGGGAAAGACAGCCGGGCCACUGAGCAGCAGAGGUUCAGCAAACCAACCUCAGAAUCAAAUGUACUAGAAGUCAUUCUGUCAGCAGAUUUUCAAAAGAAAGACAAAAGAACUGACUAAUGCACUUCAGAGCACAGCAGACCAUAAUAGCCCUGGCUCUCUCUCUCUGACCGCUCCAACAACACUGGCCGAUGCUACACUCCUUUGUGUUCUACUCUAUGCUGUGUUAAAUCUUGUUUUGUUUUUCUUUUCUUUUUUGCUAUGAGCUCAACAUUUUUAUUUUUGGUGUCCUUUGAUGCAUUUCUACCUCAUGGCUAUAAAACCACACAUUGUAUUAGAUCUUUUUUCCCAAAUGUCAGACAUUGGUGAAAAAAACAUUGGGGAUUAAAACAAAACAAGCAGUUGUGGUAACACACUAUUUGUGCGCAGUCUACCUCAGAUGACUGUACAUAAAACUGAAGCUGAUGCUGCAAUUACAGACUGCAGCAUGGCCUUGUGCAUACCUGUAAAACCUUCAGAAAGUUUUAUCAACAUCCAUCCUGACUGAUUCAGUCACAUGAAAGCAGAAUGUAAGGUGAAAUGUUCCAAGAUUGCAUAAAAAUUCAAUGAUACCAUCUGAUUUUUUUAACACCAAAGAAGAAGAAUGGAAGUAGGAAUUUCUCCACUAGGCUGUAAAUUCUUGGCUGCGUUAAGACUUUGGUAACUUCAAGACCAUCUUCUUUGUUUGCAGUAUGUCCUUUGACACACUGCAUUUGGGGAAAUGUCCUCUGCCCUUAUCUACUGCCUCCUCUGGUGACGUCUUUACACUCAUGUAAGCAAAAAAAAAAAAAAAAACAUCUUGGCUAACAUCCUCUGACCUUUAACCCAGGGGCCACCAACAUUUUAAAACUGAGAGCUACUUUAAGGACACUUAGUAGUACAAAGAGCUACUUGUUUGACACAGACUUCCUCAACAAUGUGAUGAUAAUUAGUUCUGGGACAUACAAUAGUACUGCACUCAUAUGAAUAACACCGCAAGUGGAACUGAUUCAGAAAGCACAGUAACAGUACAACGUUGACCCUCUAGUUGACUAGGGUUAUUUUUAGAACUUACCCCGUGGACACCCUAGGUAGUUCACGGGGGCUACCAGGUGACCCCGGGCACCACGUUGGUGACCCCCGGCUCUAACCCAUUUAAGUAAAGACCUCUAUUUUACCCUACAUUCUCUGACCCAUGUCAGUAGUGAGCACCUUUUAAGCUAACGUUCUCUGACCCAUGUAAGUAAAGACCAUCUUUUUAUCUAACCUCCUCUGAUCCAUGUAAGUAAAGACCACCUCUUUAGCCGACAUCCUCUUUCUCACAUAAAUAAAGACCACCUCUUUCGCCGACAUCUUCUGACCCAUGUAAAUAAAGACCACAUCUUCAGCUGACGUCGUCUUUUUUAGCCUACAUCCUCUGUAAUAAAAGACUAACCCUUUAGCUUGACAUUCUCCGACCCACCAGAGUAAAAUCAAACUCUCCGCCCAACGUGGAUCCCAUGUACUCUGACCUGCUAGAUUUAAUAUUGCCUCCAUUGCUCACAUGCUAAGGGAUCGGAGUAUGGAAGUCAAAACAUUCACAUUGGAUGUUCAAAUUCUAACUCUUGUCAAGUAUUUAAGAAAUAAUCAUACUUUUGACAGCCCGGUUUUAUUUUGUGAGGGAGAAGCUGAGAUGAAGUACAGUGUAACUGAAAUAAUUUCAGAUAUUGUUUCUGUAUUUGAAACUAAUGAGAUCUGACCCCAUGUCCUCACAGUCGAUGAUUUUCAAAAUGACUCUUUGUUCUCAGCCCUAUCUGCCUUUGAUUGGAUCACUUAAGACUAAUGUUAAUGUUAGGUUUGAGCUGGCUCUCUGUGAUAUACGCUCCGAUACCACUGAUGUCAGACGACGUGAUAAUUAUGUGAGAAAGGAGGAGUUAGGGGUUACCCUGCAAGGGUGACCAGGAAAAUGUAAAAUCCAAUACAUUUGCUUUAAUCUUCGUGUGAACUAAUGUUGUUGUGCGCGUGUGAAUGUGUACUUACGUGGGCACACUUUUCUCUUUCCUUUUCCUAAUCAGUGUGUUGAAUUUUAUAAAUUGUUAGUAUAUAUAACACACUUGCACAACUUUCAAAACAAGUGUAAUGUGUUUCUGUUGUACAUACCUAUACAUACAAAACAAAUGCACCACUUGUUUAUAUGUGUGAAUAUGUUGCCAUUCUUGCAGUCGACCUUAAAUGUAUUUUGAUGUAAUCUGAGGUACAUAAAGCGACAAACGAUUCAUUAAAGACAUUUUCUUGGGAGAUUUUCAUCUUGUACCCUUCUUUUUUACUACGUUUUUUUACGUACCCAUCGAGCCUGACGCUGCGUUCUGUUG